AUGGUCAACUCUUGUGCCUCUGUCUGCUCUGAGGAGGGCUGUGGCCAAGGCUGCUGCCAGCCCAGCUGCUGCCAGACCACCUGCUGCAGGACCACCUGCUGCCGCCCCAGCUGCUGUGUGUCCAGCUGCUGCAGACCCAGCUGCUGCAGGCCCAGCUGCUGCCAGUCUGUGUGCUGCCAGCCCACCUGCUGUCGUCCCAGCUGUUGCAUUUCUAGCUGCUGCAGGCCUUCCUGCUGUCGCCCUAGUUGCUGUGUGUCCAGCUGUUGCAGACCCUCUUGCUGCAUCUCCAGCUGCUGCCGCCCCUGCUGUGGCAGUUCUAGCUGUUGUGGAUCCAGCUGCUGCCGCCCCACCUGUUGCAUUUCCAGCUGCUGCAGGCCUUCCUGCUGCCGCCCCACCUGUUGCAUUUCCAGCUGCUGCAGGCCUUCCUGCUGGCGCCCCAGCUGCUGUGUGUCCAGCUGCUGCAGACCCCAGUGCUGCAUCUCCAGCUGCUGCCGCCCCACCUGUUGCCAAACCACCUGCUGCCGCCCAGCAUGCUCUAGUGGUUCCUGCUGCUGA